CUUCCAACGUACAAACAAGAAACUCCUCUCUCUCUCUCUCUCUUUCUCUCAUCCUAUUUCUUGUAAUCGAAGAGGAGAGAGAAAACUAGGGUUCGAAUUCGAUUACCGUUUUGAUUUUGUAGAAAACCCUGAUUCUCUAUAUUUUUGGCCUCAAAGGAAGAAACUUCCCACUGAAUCUUUGGUUUAAGCUUUCAAUUCAAAUAAUUCUUGGGCCAUAAGAACAUUGGAUUUGUUUGAAUUAGUCGUUUCUUGAAUCCUCGGUUCUUCCAAUAGAUAUGUCCUUGUCAUUUACCCAUCUCUCUUGGUGGCUGUGGAGUGGAAAGAAUCAAGAGCCUAAAAUCUCCAAUGGGUCUUCUUUAAAUUCUUUGCCCGAUUCGGGUUUGUGGGAAUUGGAUACUGUGAAAUUCCCUUUGGUUAAUGGGGGAAAUAUUAGCUCCUCAUCUAGAAGGGUUAAGAGAAAAUGGCAAAGUCGGGAGCAACGGAAAAUUGACCGUGAAUUUGAUGUUGUUGUGGUGUCAUCAGAUGGUGGUUGUGUUUCUGGGUCCGAGUCUGAUGACUCAGAUUGGUCAGUUGGAUGGUUGGAGCCUCUUGGCCCUGGGUUCCGGAGUGAUGAUGAUUCAGAUGAUAAUUUUGCUGUGUUGGUUCGUUGCUAUGGUCGUGGGUGUGUAAAUAUGGAGGAAAAUUUAAGGGGCAAGUCUGUGGACACCAUUGGAAAUGUCCCGGAUAUAUAUGCUGCUGAGAGCAAGAAGUACAUGGAACAAUUGCUUUCCGCUCUUCAGAGUAGAUGACAUCCAUGAAUGUCCUAUGAUCGCAAAUAAAUCUUGGUGGUGUUGCUCCUGAUUAUUAUUAACAACU